AUAAUUUAUUUAUUUUGUCCUAAGUAUACAUGUCUUUUUUGUCUUUUGUCUGAAUCUUUCUCGUCGGAAACACAGAUCUCAGUUCCUUACAGAAGAAUCUCCGACUCGUUUCUUUGCCGGCAUUCUCAGAUUUCCGGAUACUAGCCAUGAGCAGUGAUGGUUCCGCCGGAAAGGCGGUUGUUGAAGCCAAAGGAUUGAACCCUGGAUUGAUAGUGCUGCUUGUUAUUGGAGGUCUGCUUGUGACAUUUCUCAUAGCCAAUUACGUUAUGUACAUGUAUGCUCAGAAGAAUCUACCUCCAAGGAAGAAGAAGCCUCUUUCCAAAAAGAAGCUCAAGCGUGAGAAGCUGAAGCAGGGAGUCCCUGUGCCCGGCGAAUAGAUUCCAGCUUCUUCAACAGUCUGUGUUUUUAACCUGUAAUCACAAUGUCAUUGAGACUUUUGUAUGGGAGAGUAGCAAACGUCCCUUGUUCUGUUUUGGUUAGACUACAAAAAUUGAAUCUCAUCAACUUCUGUUUUCCCUUCACAUAUUUGAUUGCAGUUGUAGAGUCUAUCAUGUUCACUUUACUUUAUUUGUCCAUAUAUCGUUGCCUUUUGUCGGAUCCAAAGGGUUUCCCCAAAACUCUUACGUCAAUGUUAGGCUUUGCGAAUUGUGAAACAAAUGAACA